CGCACAAGGAGGGAUUUUGCUCAAUAACCUCGAGCUGAGGGAGAGAGUUGCUUAGUAAAAAGCCAGAUUUUGCAGUUGUUUAGUCCUCAAAAAUUUAUAAAUAAAAUACACGCUUUAAUAAAAAAAAAUUUUUUUAAUUAUUUUUCCAAAAAAUCGGUCUUUGCUAAGUUGUGUAUACUUUUUCCGAAUAGGAAUAUUAUAAUUAUUAUGCGUUUUUCUUCGUAAUUAUGAUCAAAAUAUGCGUAUUACGAUUCCGUGUUUUACUUCUAUUCCGACAGAGGCGCUACUUUCACUCUUGUCGACUUUUAAUAAAUAUCCCCUGCACGUGCAAUAAAAACUCAAUAGAAAUCAGCUGUCAAAUCUAAUUAAAUUGAGUUGCAUGAAUUUUAUUGUGCAGUAGUGCAUAUAAAGUGAAAUAUAUAAUGCAGUUCAAAAGUAUCUAUUAUUAAGAUAUUAAAACCUUAAAACAGAAUGGGGGAGGUUAAUUCAGAUGAAGUAAUCUCGAAAUUAAUUUCCGGCACAUAUGAGGAAUUUUGUAAGAAUAUUGUUGUGCUUCUAAAAAUUUAUGAUAAGAGGACCAGUUUUGAAGAGUUGAACAAUAAUUGUUUGCGGGAGAAGUUAUGGAAGAGAUUGUUUUAUUAUUUAACAGAUUAUACGCAUUUAAAUUACCAUCAUCAUUGUUUAGCUGCUUUGAGGAUACUUAGCCGAGACAAAACUAACUUAAAUGAAUUGAUUACUGACGAUGCAAUGAAAAUUAUAUUGCAAAAUGCAGGGUUGACAAAGAUAUGUGAAGGCGACCAAGUCGCAUAUACAGCUGUUACAAUAGAAUCAUUGAAGCUACUCUGCAAUUUGGUAUUCCAAAGUGUGAAAGUACAACAAUCGAAAGUAUUGAUAUCCUCUUUGCCUUAUCUAAUUGACCGGAUCAAAAAUUAUACGAAAAACGUUCCAAAUGAUAUAAAAUUAUUUGACAUGAGAACGCUAUUUUUACUCACGGCGUUAAAUACCUCUACGAGGGAUGUAAUCAAAGUCAAUUUAUGUGGUGAUUUAUAUCUUAUUAAAAUAAUAGAGGAAUUUGUAACACAAAAUCAAGAUAAUGAAACAAGUGCAAUUAAGACUGAAGAAAUAACGAUAAUUUGUGAAGUUUUAAAGGUUUUAUUUAAUUUAUAUAUACACUCUGAUGAUAUUGGAGUUGAGGAUCAAGAAAAAUAUAAGAAUUUAGCGUUAAUUUUAUAUAAAUUAUUAACUUUUAAAUAUUCAACACAGCAAGACGAUAUUGAAAGCAAUGUGAUCAAUUUAUUAACUGUAAUACCAUGUAACUGUUAUACGCCAAUUGUACAACCUGUUGAGUGCAACGAUUGCAAGAAUGUAUAUCAAAACAUGGAUAUGAGCGCAAUAUGCGUUUUAUUAAGGUUCCUAGAUCAAAGAUUAGAUUGUAAAACACAUUUGAUAGAGAACAUCUCUCCAGUGGUUACUGCGCUCGUCAGACUCGUCAAAUCGGAAAAGAUUAUUCGCAAAUAUGUAAAAUUACAGAUUUUACCUCCAUUAAAGGAUGUGAUGAAUCGUCCUGAAGAAGGAACGACGUUGAGAGCUAAAUUAUGCAAAUUGUUAACUUCGCCCCUCACGAAAUUGCGUGACUUGGUCGCGGAACUUUUAUUUGUCCUUUGUAAGGAAAAUGUUAGUCGCAUGGUGAAAUACACGGGAUACGGAAAUGCGGCGGGAAUGUUCGCGAAGAAGGGAUUGCUGGGUAGUUCGGGUAGUAUUCAGGAAACGGCUUAUUCUUCGGAGUCGGAAGACAGCGAAACAGAGGAAUAUCUGAAGUAUAAAGAACAAAUAAAUCCAAUAACCGGAUGUUUCGAGCAUCCUAAGCCAAAUCCGCUUGAAGGCAUGACAGACGAGCAAAAGGAAUAUGAAGCCUUACAACUAGUAAAUCUUGUUGAUAAAUUAACGAGAGAUGGAGUCGUACGUCCUUGCCGCAUCGGCGAAGACGGAAAACCAACACCCAUAGAACAUGUUCUCGAAUUACAAAGCGAAUUACCAAAACAACAAUACGGUCGGAAAGACUCUGAUUCCGAAUAAGUACAAUAUACAUUUUCAGAAUAUAAAACAAUUUCAUCUGUAUAGAUAUAUAAUUAUGUAUCAAUGUCUUUGAGUUGUGAGAUAUUUACGUAUAAGUCGAAACUUUAUCUCUGUCAUUAGAUCUAUGAAUCUAUGUCAUCAAACUCAAAGUGACGAUUGAUAAAUUAUAUCCGUCGAUAUAAAUGUGAUUUAUAAAAAAAAUAUCGUGUAAAAAAAGGAAAUUAUAAAAAUGAAGCCAUCUCGCAGAAAUGGAAUCAUGUAAUGUCUGAAGGCGACCGUAUUCAAUAAAAAGAAUUGAAAAAGACUUCAGUUGAUUACUUUAUUGAAAAAGAACAAAGAACAACAUUACAAAUUAAACAAUUGGCAGGAAAUAAAAAAUAUAUAACAGUUUCCAAAAUCACAUGAAAUAUUUAAACAUUACAAUUUUGGUAAAAUGUGUUUAUGUGCUUUGUGAGCAUCACAAUAUAUUAUUAUUGCAUUGCAGCCUAUGCGCAGACAAGAAUGUAUACUUCUACACGUUUCAAAUAACUGCAUAGUGAUAUAUCAUUUGAGAAUAUCUUAGUAUAGGAUAGUACAUAUGAAUUGACAGGUAAUGGCAUAUUGAGUUGAUAUGAUGAAGCAAUGUACGAUCAACAGAGAACAUUUAUUUUUAAGGCUAAAUCUGUGUCCAUCCUAUAAUAAAAUAUUUUCAAUAUAAUACAUUUGACAAAUAUAUAAGUAGCAAAUGUUUCCAUAUCUUUAAUUAUGUAAUACAGUAUGUAGAUUAAAAUAUUUUUUUUCUUUUUUUUUGUAAAAGUGUAUAUAGAUGUGUAUACGUAUAAUACCAUAAAUUUGAAUAUUUUAUAUAAAAAUGAAACUAAAAUUUUGUAGGUACAAGAUAGAAAAAAGGUUUGAAUUGCGGUAAAUAAAAAUAGAGAAAUAAAAGAAGAUAGAUCUGUUUACAGAUAUCUCGAGGACUAGCCUUGAUAAACUUUGGAAGAUUAAAAAUCGUAAAAUUCGUAAACUAAGAGAUAUAGAUAUACAUUGAAAUACUUCAAAAUUCAAGUAGUCUGACGACAGCGGUGUUUAAUACAAAGGCUGAGUAGUUUUUUUUUCAGGGGAACUGAUUUGUGUGGUACACAGUCGAUCUGGACGUGUAUAACUCUAAAUAAUACGUUACAUUACAAGGUGACCAUGCUCCUUGGCAUCCCAUUAGCAUAUAAAAAAUAUAUUGGUAUACACGCUUUCCAUAUUGCAUUACAAUUUACCUUUUUCGUCAGUUGUACUAUUCUUAUACAGUUUACAUUUUGAAGUAUAAGUGAUGUCGGAACAUUUAAAAUCCUCUCUCUCCCUCUCUCUCUCUUUCUCUCUCUCUUUUUUCUUCAGAAAUAUUUGUUCUAUGUAAAAUACCAAUGGAGGUUGCAGGAAAACAUGGUUUACACACAUUAAUCCGCAGUAUUGAUUCAAGAUAGCUAUUACAAUACUCGCGUGUACAACAUAAAUCGAAAUUGUUAAAAAGUUCAUUCCAGAUACGUAUAGAUAUACAUGUUAUUCAGUUAUGUUAGAUAGAUUCGAGAAGGAACGGCACUAAACUAAUUUCGCAUAGAGAAACGUGAUGAAAAAGCCAGGCUAAACUUUUCGGUAAAGCAAUCCGCUCGCGAUGCGCACAACAGGAUGCUCGUGACAAAGUUGUAAAUAAUAUUCGUCGCUAAACAAGAAGCCCUCUCGCGAGCGCGAGACAUCGCCGACUUUUACAAACGUAUUGUCCGCUUCACCGGAAACAAGUUUCUCUCAGACAGCCUCGCGAUUAUUACUUAAAAAUAAGUGGAAACACGGAGAUCACCGAACGGGUAUACUCGAAGGUAUGCUACUCGACAAGUUGACACUCUUUUCGGCAUACCAAGUUGGAAUGCAACUGUAUGUAACGUGUUUAGUGGUCAAUUUGAUAUGUAAACAAAGUACCUCCAAAAGGAACGCGCGUAUUGUAUAAUAUUUAAAACAAAUAUUACACAUGUGUAUAUAUAGGGCGUAAUGGCGAAAGCAUUUCUUUACCCUCUCUCUCUCUCUCUCUCUCUCUUACUCUCUCUCUCUCAGCCUGUUAAGUAUUACAUCGAGUAAACUAAUGCAAAUAAAUAAAGCUAGUGCUGUUGAGGAAUGAAACCAAGUAACAGUAUAUACGCCAUUAACUCGCCUCUCGCGUUUACUUAUCGUCUAUAAAGAUAGAAUAUAUUAAAUAUUUGUACUUUAACUGACUAAGCAAGGAUUUAAUCGUAAUUUUUUUUUGUCUUCUUACUCUAAGAAACUCCGAUAUCCACGUGACGCGAACUCAAAGGAUGAAUAAAAUAAACUUAUAAGGAAUAAAAACAAGUUGUAAGCAAUAUACGCAUUAUAUAAAUACUCUGAUUAGUCUGUUUUGGCACUAAAGAAUUUAAUUUUUCUAUCCGUAAAGUGAGAGAUAAUUUGGAAUGCAGUUAAAUCGUUAAGUAGAAUUAACAUCAAUACACGUUACAUCUAUACGAACUAAUCGUUUUUUUCUGCCUUUUUCAAUGAGGUAAUAUGACAAGCUGUGUAUAAAUUUGUUGUCAUUCCACCUCAGAUUGAGUAUUUGAAACAAAAGGGGG